AUGCAAUACGUCCGCUCCAUCUCCGGCUCCCUCUCCAACACCUGGAACUCCAUCAACCCAGCCACCCUCUCCGGCGCCAUCGACGUCAUCGUCGUCGAACAAGAAGACGGCUCCCUCGCCUGCAGCCCCUUCCACAUCCGCUUCGGCAAAUUCUCCCUCUUACGCCCAUACGAGAAGAAAGUCGAGUUCCGCGUCAAUGGCGAGAAGGUGGAGUAUCCCAUGAAACUAGGGGAGGGCGGGGAGGCCUUCUUCGUGUUUGAGACGGCGGGACAGGUGCCGGAGGGCUUGAGGACGAGUCCGCCCGUCAGUCCGGUCACGAGCCCGGAGUUGAAGGCGAGAGAGGAGCCGCCGAGUUUGGAAUUGCCGGGUACUGGCUCGGAUCAGGAGCCGGAGCCUCUAGAGCUGGAUGAUGGGGAGCUUAGACCGGGGAGUGCGAGGACGGCGCAGCAAAGACGGCAGCAUAGUAAGAGCACGACGGAGGCGAUGACGAUACCUCCUGGGACGCGGAAAGCGCAUAGUAAUACCGAUCGGCUGAGUCCUCUGACAUAUGACCCGAUCAAGCGGCCGAAUUCAGCCGCGCCGUUCACAACUGCGACGCCGAGGCUGGAGAGGAUGGCUACGGAUAGUGUGCUGCCUGCAGCGACCAAGACGACACUCUCAAGCUCAUUCAAUAGCCCCGACCCACUUACAUCCUCCAUCCACCGCCCAGCCUCACCACUCCGAGCCCGAACCGACCGAUCAGGCAGCCCACAACCGAAUAACGAAGAAGCCCGGCUGCGCGCCAUGAACCUAAGCAAGAAACUCUGGACGAGCAAUAUCAGCAACCAGGUCAACGAGUCCGGCGAUUUGAUGCUAGACAUGACGGGUUUCAAAAGCAGUGAUCGAGAGGCUCUGCACGCAGAGGUCAUAGCACGACAACUGCUUAGCGAGGAGAUCGACGGGCCAUACGAUAUAGGUGCAUUGAUAGGCGCGGACGAAAAGGGAAAUGUCUGGAUCUACAGCAGUGAGGAAGCGAAAGAAGCCGCCGGCCGCAAAGCAGCAGAAGGAUUGGGAUCAUUCAACCCAGCCGCCUAUCCUUCCGCGGACGCGCUUAGCGACCCAGGCUACCACAGCGACGACUCCCGCAGCGAAUCUAACAUCUCCCUCACCACCUCCUCCCAUCUCCGCCGGGACUCCGACUCAGCCGUCGGCCUCCUCUCCCAACCCUCCUCUCCCACGACCCCCGCAACAAACCCGAGCACAGGCGACCCCAACAAAAACUACGCCAAAACCCUGCGCCUCACCAGCGACCAACUCAAGACAAUGAACCUCCAACAAGGCGCCAACCCCAUCUCCUUCACCGUCAACCGGGCCACCUGCCACGCGAACCUCUGGUACUGGCACCACGGCGUCCCGAUCGUGAUAUCGGACAUCGACGGCACAAUCACCAAAUCCGACGUCCUAGGCCACGUCCUCAACAGCAUCGGCCGCGACUGGACCCACCAAGGCGUAGCGAAACUCUACACGGAAAUCGCGUCCAACGGCUACAAUUUCCUAUACCUCACCUCCCGCUCCGUCGGGCAAGCAGACACCACCCGAGCGUAUCUAGACGGCGUAGUGCAAGAUGGCGGCUUCCGCUUACCCAAAGGUCCUACUAUCUUAAGUCCGGACCGCACGAUCGCGGCUUUACGGAGGGAGAUUUACUUGCGGAAGCCGGAGAUUUUCAAGAUGGCGUGUUUGAGGGAUAUUAUGGCGCUUUUUGCCGGGCAGGGCGGGGCGACGAAUACGACCGAGGGGGUGGAGGCCGGGUUGCAUGUUCCUGCUUCCUCCCUGCCCACCACGGGCUUCAACGCCGCGAGCCUGAACUCUGGACCCGGAGGCGGAGGAGGCAGCAGUGGGAAAAGUCGCGGAAAAGCCAGCUCCCCCUUCUACGCCGGCUUCGGCAACCGAUUGACUGAUGCAUUAAGCUACCGCUCCGUCACUAUCCCCUCCACCCGCAUCUUCACCAUCAACUCCAACUCGGAGAUCUCCCUGGACCUGCUGAGUCUGAAUGAGUACAAGACAGCUUACGGCAGUAUGCGGGAGAUAGUGGAUCAUUAUUUCCCGCCCGUCGGGUUGUUGGUGAAGGGGGGUGGGGAGGAGUUUACGGAUUUCAAUUAUUGGCGGGAGAAGCCGAUGGAGAUUGCGGAUUUUACGGAUUCGGAGGACGAAGACGGCAAUGGUGGGCCGGCUGUUGUUCGGCGGUCGCUGGAGCGCACGGAAACUCUGGCUACGAAAGAAAGUGUUUUGUCCAUCUUAUCCGAGGACGAAGGCGGAGAUGGAGAUGAGAUGUUGGAAUCUUAUCUCUCUGAUCCGAGGCUGAGUUUGGAUGAGUCAAUUUUGUCGGAGAUGAGUGGGGUGGAUGACGAGGAGGAACUGACGAGGACCUUCCUCGCUGCCAUCGACCUUCAAAAGUAUACCAGCGCAUCGGACAUACUAGCAGUGAAAGAGCUGGCAUAUACUGGCGCACUGUACUCGACCGUCACAUCACAGACCCUCGAUUCGACGUUGCAGAUAUUGAAGGCUACAGUGGGUCGGCUAGCACUCUACAUCGACUGCUCCGCCCUCGAAUCAACCCAAGAUAUUGUCCAUGUCCUCGAUGCCGGCGCAGCAAAGGCCUUCGUGACCAGUCAACAAGUCCCCGAACUGCAGAAAGUGGCCAACGUCGAUAGUAAGAGGAUAGUGUAUCACCCGACUGUGUCAGCUGACCAGGCAGAAAGUCAAUUGGAUGGCACGGGCUAUGGACUCUAUCUGCAGAAUGUGCAAGAUGUAGGUACCGUGAGCAAGCUAGUAGAUGCAAUGGGGAAGGAGCGACCGACCGUCUAUGCUGCCAAGAGUGGGAUGAGUGAGAAAGAGGCGGUGGAGUUGAGGAGACGGGAUGUAGUGCCGGUCAUCCCAGCGACACACUUGACGACCAAUACUACGGCAGCAGGAGACGACAAGAUCAGAGUCGCCGAGCUCUUACUAGCCAACAUCCAAACCGAUCGCCCAGACGGCCUCUUCACAACCCUCGUUACGGAUGUGAGAGGAGUAGCAUUAGGCCUCGUCUACAGCAACCCCGAAAGCAUCGCUGCCUCCCUCUCCUCCGCCCGCGGCGUCUACUGGUCCCGCAAACGCGGCCUCUGGCGCAAAGGCGACACGAGCGGUGACUGGCAGGAGUUGGUGCGAAUAGACACUGACUGCGACAACGACUGUCUUCGCUUCGUCGUCCGACAACAAGGUGCCGGGUUCUGCCAUCUGAGCACAGCGACUUGCUUCGGCGACUACAAUGGCUUAUCCAAAUUAGAGCGGACGCUGCAGAGUCGGAAGAGGUCGGCGCCGGAGGGCAGUUAUACGAAGAGGUUAUUCGAGGAUAGCAAGAUGUUGAAUGCGAAGAUCAUGGAGGAGGCGCAGGAAUUGUGUGAGGCGGAGAGUAAAGAGGAUAUCGCGGCUGAGGCGGCGGAUGUGCUGUAUUUUGCCCUUACCAAGGCCGUGGCGGCGGGUGUGUCGUUGGAGGAUAUUGAGCGGAAUUUGGAUGGGAAGAGUGUCAAGGUGAAGAGGCGGAAGGGCGAUGCUAAGGGGGUGUUUGCGGAGAAGUUUGGGGUGGUUAAUGGAGGCCCGAAUGGGACGGCGGCGGCGGCUAGUACGAAUGGUGGGCCAAGGAAGGAGGAGAUUAGGGACGCUGAGAGUCGGCCGAAGAGGAAAGAUGAUCCGGCUGGGAUGAAUGGGGAGGGGAGGAUAGAGAUGCGGAGGAUUGUGACGGCGGAGGAGAAGCCGGAGGUGAUAUUGGAGGCUCUACAACGACCUUCACAACGAUCGACGGAAAAGAUCAUGGCGAUUGUGCAGCCCAUCAUCAAGGAUGUGCGGGAAGGGGGUGAUAAAGCUCUCCUAUCCUACACUCACAAAUUCGAAAAGGCAACUUCACUUACCUCACCUGUGCUGAAAGCGCCGUUCCCGGAGAGCAUGAUGCAAUUACCACAGGAAACGAUCGAAGCAAUCGAUAUCUCCUUUGAAAAUAUCCGCAAAUUCCACGCUGCGCAGGCCGAAACCAAAACACUCGAAGUAGAAACGAUGCCCGGCGUAGUCUGCUCACGCUUCUCCCGCCCCAUCGAACGCGUAGGGCUCUACGUCCCAGGCGGCACUGCCGUCCUCCCCUCAACAGCCCUCAUGCUCGGUGUCCCAGCCAUGGUAGCCGGGUGCAAGAAAAUCGUCAUGGCGUCCCCCCCUCGCGCAGACGGCAAACUAACUCCCGAAGUAGUCUACGUCGCGCACAAAGUCGGCGCCGAAUCCAUCGUCCUAGCCGGCGGCGCCCAAGCCGUCGCAGCCAUGGCCUAUGGGACGGAGAACGUGAGUAAGGUCGACAAAAUCCUUGGACCAGGCAACCAGUUCGUCACGGCUGCUAAGAUGCUGGUGAGUAAUGAUACCACGGCCCAAGUCAGCAUCGAUAUGCCCGCCGGCCCGUCAGAAGUCCUCGUCAUAGCGGAUGCGACCUCGAACCCAGCUUUCGUGGCGUCUGAUUUACUUUCCCAAGCCGAGCACGGCACGGAUAGCCAAGUCGUGUGUAUCACCGUCGGAUGCUCAGACAAACAAAUCCAAGGAAUUGAGGAAGAACUCCAUAACCAAGCCAUGGCCCUCCCCCGCGUCGAGAUGGUCAAGGGAGCGAUUUCCCACUCCGUCCUCCUCGUCACUGCAACGCUUGAAGAAGCAAUGGACCUCUCCAACGCCUACGCCCCGGAACACCUAAUCCUACACCUCGCCUCCCCCAUCACCGCCCGCGACCUCGUAACAAACGCCGGCUCCGUCUUCUGCGGCCAAUGGACCCCCGAAUCAGUCGGCGAUUAUUCAGCGGGUGUCAAUCAUUCGCUUCCGACAUAUGGGUAUGCGAAACAGUAUUCCGGUGUCAACCUGGGGAGUUAUGUCAAGUUCAUCACGAGUUCCCAUUUGACGGAGCAGGGGUUGAGGAAUGUGGGGCCGGCGGUUAUGAGAUUGGCACAGGUGGAGGAGUUGGAGGCGCAUAGACGGGCGGUGGAGAUGAGGUUGGGGGUUUUGGAUCAGAGGGAUGGGGUGGGGAAGAGUGGGUAG